AAACUUGUAUCUCCAGAUCAACAAUGGCGGUUCAUUCUGUCUCGUCAUUGCCUCUCUUCCCCUCUCAUCCAAAACUGACCAACUCUGUUACCUCCAAUUCCUUAUAUUCAAUUCGUUUUCCACAGAAAACAAUCAUAACUAGGCACAUUCGUAGUCAGACCGUCACGGCCACUAUGUCGGUUGACGCAUACGCUGUCGGCGAGGACUUGCCGGCUGACUACGCGGACUGGCUUCCGAAAGUUGAUCCCGGUGAUAAGCGAAGAGCCGGAGUGCUUCUUCACCCGACGUCUUUUCCUGGGCCCUACGGCAUUGGGGACCUUGGUGAUCAGGCUUUCCGUUUCAUUGAUUGGCUUCAUGAAGCUGGUUGCUCACUUUGGCAGGUUCUCCCACUUGUUCCACCAGGUAGGAAGGCAAAUGAGGAGGGAUCACCAUACUCUGGCCAGGAUGCAAAUUGUGGUAACACGCUUCUUAUAUCCUUGGAUGAUCUUGUGAAAGAUGGUUUACUGAUGAAGGAAGAGCUCCCUGAACCACUGGAUACAGAUCGUGUAAAUUACGAAACUGUUGCUGACCUGAAGGAUCCUUUGAUAGCCAAGGCUGCAAAAAGGCUCAUUUCAAGUGAGGGGGAUCUCAAAUGUCAGCUGGAAGAGUUCCGUAAAGAUCCUGAUGUUGCAAGUUGGCUUCAAGAUGCAGCGUAUUUUGCUGCUAUUGAUGACUGUUAUAAUACAUAUAAUUGGUAUGAUUGGCCCGAACCUUUAAAGAAUCGUCAUCUUGCUGCAUUAGAAGAUAUUUACCAAAGUAAAAAGGAUUUUAUCGACAUUUUUGUUGCACAGCAGUUCUUAUUUCAAAGGCAGUGGAAAAGAGUUUGUCAUUAUGCUCGGAUGAAAGGGGUAAGCAUAAUGGGAGACAUGCCCAUCUAUGUUGGUUAUCACAGUGCAGAUGUUUGGGCCAACAAGAAAUCCUUUUUGCUUAACAGGAAAGGGUUUCCGCUUUUGGUUAGUGGCGUUCCGCCUGAUGCAUUUAGUGAAACUGGUCAACUCUGGGACAGCCCACUGUAUGACUGGAAAGCAAUGGAAGAAGAUCAAUUUUCCUGGUGGGUACGUCGGUUACAACGUGCACAGGAUCUAUUCGAUGAGUUCAGGAUAGAUCACUUCAGGGGAUUUUCUGGCUUUUGGGCCGUUCCUUCUGAAGCAAAAAUUGCCACUUUGGGUAGAUGGAAGGUGGGACCUGGAAGUUCUUUAUUUAAUGCCAUCUUUAGAGCUGUUGGGAAGAUCAAUAUCAUAGCAGAAGACUUGGGAGUUAUAACUGAGGAUGUAGUCCAGCUUAGGAAAUCCAUUGGGGCACCUGGAAUGGCUGUUCUCCAGUUUGGUUUUGGAAGUGAUUCAGCAAACCCUCAUUUGCCUCAUAAUCAUGAGCAAAAUCAAGUCGUAUAUACUGGAACUCAUGAUAAUGACACAAUACGCGGUUGGUGGGAUGUCCUGCAGCAAGAAGAACAAUGCAAUGUGCUUAACUAUCUGUCAAUUUCUGCGGAUGAUGAUAUCUCAUGGGCUCUAAUCCGAGCUGCCCUCUCUUCAGUAGCCCAAACUUCAAUCAUACCUAUGCAGGAUAUCCUUGGGCUGGGGAGUUCUGCUAGAAUGAAUAUUCCAGCAACACAGUCUGGAAAUUGGAGUUGGAGGAUACCGAAUUCCAUGAGCUUUUCGAGCAUGGAGCCUGAAGCAAAGAAGCUAAGGGACAUGCUUUCCAUGUAUGGGCGACUAUGAUUACUUUUCAGGUUUGAUAUCUGUACCUUGAUCCAAUAAUAUUUUUCAAAAUAUUUCUUCAUAUGUGCCAUUUAUCGUUUGCAUCCUUGUUGGAGAACUAGCAUUCGUGAAUCUUAUUCUGCUCCGUAGCAGACACUGUAAAUGGUCUUAAACGAAAAUAUGUAAUUUUCCGUG